AUGGACGCAGGACUCUCUGCCAUGAACAAGAACGGCACGUCGCGCGCGCAGCUGCGAAACCAGCUGCUCAACAGCGACAUCGGUUCCAUCGAUGUGGCCCAAGAACCCCCCAUGAAUGCGCGCGCCAGGGCGGCGCCUGCGGCGCCGCCCGCAGCCCAGUACCAGCACCAGGUGGGCUACCAGCAGCAGCCGUAUUACAACGGGCCCCAGCCUCCCGUGGCGUACCAGCAGCCGUACGAGGCGCCCUACGGCGGAGCUGGCGUGGGCGCGACGCCGCGUCGUUUGUCUGCGUCUGCUCCCGUGCCAGCGCAGUCCUCCAGCUCCAAGAUGUCGCUACAAUCCGGUGGGCUGUCGAACCUGUUCAAAUUGCGUCACGGCCGCGCCAAGGAAAAAGACGAUGACGACGACGAGGACACCGUGAUGGCAGAUUCGGACACCUCGAUGGUCACUUUCAAUGACAUAUCGUCGCUUCGCAACAACGGUGGCCACAAGUACGGCUUUGGUGGCGCGCUCGACGACACUACACCCAUCAUCCCCACGAUCAUCACUCGCGAGCACGACAAUAUGAACAAUAUCGAGUACCGUAAGCACAUUUCCGCGCAAAAAAAAAUGGCAAUGUCCGCGGCGGCCAAGCAGGGCAAGCAGCAACGCCCGUCGGGCGCGUUCCCGCCCGGUGGACCUCGCACCAUGUCGUUGCAAAGUUCGUACAACCCGUACCAGCAUCCUGGUCCGCAUCCAGCGGGGCCAGGCGCAAUCCCACCUUAUGCUAGAGCCAAUUCCAUGAUGUCGGGACCUCCUCAGCGUUUUCGCCAGUAUCCACCAGACGGGGCGCCCCCACCAGGCCAAGGUCCGUUUGCACCACAGUCUGCACCUGGCGGGCCACGCGCCAUGUCAUUGACGUCUAGUCGCAGACCUGGGGUACCGCCUUUGGGUGUGCCUCAGGCCGGCGGUCCCGGCUUCGCACCGGGUCCACAACAGCCUUACUAUGGUAACGGCCCACGCGCCAUGUCUCUGCAAGGUCCUAGGCCCCAGAUGUACGCUAACAACGCGUAUGGCCGCGAAAACACUUCCCGCGAAGUGGUACCCAGACAAGGACCCCAAGGGCCCCAGAGAUAUCCGGUAGGCCCCGCGUCACAGGGACCUCCGGGACCCCAGGGACCUCAAACGUAUCCAGGACAAACGUAUCCAGGACAAGCACCAGGACAAGCACCAGGGCAACAUCCAGGACAAGCACCAGCACCAGGACAAGCACCAGCACCAGGACAAGCACCAGCACCAGGACAAGCACCAGCACCAGGACAACACCCUGGACAAGCACAUCCAGGGGUUCAACAGCCACAGGGACCCCAGGGACCCUCUGGCUCCCAAGCCUCCCCCUUUCCAAGAGGCCAUACAACCACUCCUCCUUCUUCUUCGUCUUUAACUAGCUCCAAUAGCCGUUCCUCCGAUUACGUGUCGAGUGAAACUCCCGAGAGUCAACUAGGUGAUGAACCCGCCAAGCAGGCCACAGCUGCUCCCGAAAACGAGCACACUGCCCACAGAGAAUCCCCGCUAAAACACGAGAUCGCCAAGACGGGUAAAUUGAACAUUUUAAAACUUUCAGAUCCUCAGCAGCAAGAACUGCGCGAGCGGGAGCAUAUAGUCGAACAAGAACAGCACAAUCGCGUUUCAAAUGAAGAAUUGCACCGCAGAAACUUGAGCGAGAUUUCGGCAGAACCCGACCUUGACCUCAGACCAUCUAGUAUGCUAGAGUCUGGAUUGGGUUCUCUCACGCUCGAUGACUCGCCGAAGAUAGCACGCAAUGUUGCUGGUGCCCAGCAGGACGACCACACUGGUGAUCUUAAAAAUGCCAAGCAUCAAUCUAUCACAACGCUUCGCUCUUCUUACAGCCUGGACUCACCUAUUAAGAAAAGAACUACAAAGGGUGGUCUUUAUAAACUGGAAAACGAUACAGAUGCCAACGGAUAUGUAACUGCAUCUCAAUUUCUCGAUGUCAACAACGAGAAUGUUACCAGUGCAUCUAAUCAAUCCGAGAUUACCAUCAAAAAAACCGACACAAGUCAUUCUUACGCAAAAUCUGACACGACUCUCCCUUCUGCCGAGGUUGAACAAGUUAAUUCCAAAGCUAAAGGUUUCGGUAAAGCGAGGAGCUUUUUGAAAAGGAUCUCCUCGAGACAGUCAAAAUCAGAGAAGGAGGGUCCUCAUAGCAGAAGCUCAAGUAUCGCCAGCAUCAACAAAAGGCAUUCAAGUGUGGAUAGCAUACCCAGCUUAAAACAUAAUGAAAUUGAACCUGGAACAUUGUGGAAUCAAAAGAGUGACAAAAGGAAAUCGUUUCAUUCACUUUUCUCAAACUCAUCCACAAAUAUUCUACAACCAGAGACCCACGCUAAUCCUAAAGCGUUGGCGGAUAUACAAGAAGGAGGUGUUUCAGAGAAAUCCCCACCUUUGGAUCAAAGCCUUGCUGCAGACUCUAGCAAGUUGUACCACAAUGACAUAUCUGACGGUCAUUUCGAUGUUAGAGAAAGCCGGCCCGGUAGUUCAAACGUUGGUCCAAUAGUGGAAUUACCACCCAGUAGUUCGAUAACCAACUCUGAUGAUGAUUUUGUCUUUGACAAUUCUGUUGGAAGACCAUAUAAACCUCUUUUUGCUUCAAUGGACGACCUAGAGCCAGCUGUUGAUUUGCAAGAUCGUAAGAAGUUUAAGACAAUAUGCAUAUCGGGAGAACAGUUAAGUGCACUUAACGAGCGAAACUCUUUGAUGGACGAAUUAGAGCUUAUUUCAAAAGAAUUGGCGGAGUCCAUAGCUAGAGAGGCGAAUUUGGAACAGCAAUUGCUCGCUCGUGAACCAGACGCUGAUCCAUACAAAAACCUUUCUCUAUCAGAUUUUGAAAUUGAGCUGCGCAAGAAAUCAUCCAAAAUAGUAGAGCUAAUACAGGAGCUGAACGACGAAAGGCUGAAAAGAUACAUCGCUGAAGAACAAAUUCUGUUGCGGGAACAUGGAGUCAAACCGAACCCAUUAGAUUUGGUUUACAAAAUCCAGACGCUAAACAAGGAGAUCACCAAAAGGGAUAAUGAGAUUUCCUUACUUAAAGAGAGCCUUGACCCCCAAAAUCUAAAUUCUGCAUUUAAAUAG